AUGGACCACGCAUUCAACUUCGACGUCCUGAACGAGGGCUCGGCCAACUGGGCGGACCAGUUCCGCAGCGCCAUCUGGCCCAUCUCGGACGAAGAGCACGACGAGGUCACCGCCGCGGAGUGGUGCAUGCACUUCGUCGCCCUCCCCUGGAAGCUGCUGUUCGCCUUCAUACCGCCGGUGGCCUACGGCGGCGGCUGGGUGUGCUUCAGCGUGGCGCUCGUGUUCAUCGGCGGUGUCACCGCCGUGAUCGGGGACUUGGCUUCGCUCAUGGGGUGCUGCCUGGGCUUGCCCGACGCGAUCACGGCCAUCACCAUCGUGGCGCUCGGCACUUCGCUGCCUGGACGCGCCCCCACCGCCCUGGCCGGGCACCGCUCAGCGCGGCGCCAUACGCCCGCGAGGAAGAGGUACAGGUUCUUAUACUUCUUCACUCCGAACUCGAUGCGCCUGGCCUACAACACUAUGAUCUUCAAAUCUUUAUUGUACUUGGUCAUCCUUACCGGACUUUGCAAGAAACACUUGGACACCGUUAGUCGCGGGUGCAUCUUCAAGGUUUGGUUGGCCUACGCGGCCCGCAAGGGCAACUCCACAGCGGACCUGGCCAUCUUCAUAAGACAACGUUGGAGUACGAGCGGUGUGGCCGCCAGCAGCAAGUUCAAGUUCAACGAGUACUGCGUGGAUUUCGUGCCAGUCAUCGUUCCCGAUGCUCGCUGUUACGACGACAGCGAGGAUUACGGCACCACUCAGCACGACAUUGGGCAAUCCAGCCUCGCGCUCCCCCUGGCGCUGCCCGCCCCGGACUACCGGCCCAGCGACACCAUCGACGAGAAGAUAUCUAACAUAUUGAGACAGAAUGUGCAGAGCCCCGACGAUAUGCAGUACACAGAAGAUCUCGGGGAUGGCAUCUAUAAGUACGAGUUCAACAGAACCAUGAUGGUUGAGCAUUCUGAAGCAGAUGGGGAUGGAUCAAAGGACGAAGAGAAAGCAGAGGCAGAUGAGAAAGCAGAGGCAGAGGAGAAAGCAGAGGCAGAGGAGAAAGCAGAGGCAGAGGAGAAAGCAGAGGCAGAGGAGAAAGCAGAGGCAGAGGAGAAAGCAAAGAAGCCAAAGGCCGACACCAGCCCCCCUAGAAAGAAGUUCAGACCUCCAACAGACUCCAGCGAUGACGUCAUCGAUGAGUUCGGCAAGUGCAUGGACUGCGCCAUCGAGGCAAAGCCAACACAGCCAGAGGACAUAAGCAGCGAGGAUGGAAAGACGGCAACGAAAGAUGAGGACGACGCAGCCAAGGAAGAGAAGAAGGAACAGGUCCAGGGAGAAGGCGCAGCAGAGGGUGAGGGAGCUGAGCCAUUCGAGAAGACAGGAGACCACGUUGAAGAGAACACCCGUGAUCAGGACGUGGAGGGUGAAGGAACCAGAGUUGAUGAGACGCCCGAGGAUUCGAAGCUGGCGGCAGAGGAGGGCGGAACUAAGAAGAGGAAGAAGAGGAAGACGAAGAAGACUAGGCGCGCGGCCAAAGGUAAAGGCGAGGCCCCGCCAACAGGAGACGCUGCAGAGGAUGGGCCACCGAAGAAAAAGAAGCGACACCAGAGGAGAGGAGACGCUGGCGCUGAGGCGGCAGCAACGCCCGAGGAUGUAGCAGAGAAGGGCGAGGGCCGAAAGCUUGAGGAGAUUGAUGGCACAGAGGGGAUCAACCAGAUCGAGAACACAACUGCCGAGGCGGACGCCGAGGCCGACAAGGCCAGCAAGGACGGCGCGCCGACGGGCAGCAAGCUCGACAAGGAUUGCAUUGGUUUAUCGGACCACGAUAUACCGUCUGAACCCGAGUACGCCAAGCAGAUGCUCGGAGGUGACGGGCCAUCUCUGUGGCCGAGAGACGGGAACCAGUCUACGUUCUUCAAACAAAAUGGGAUCGACGUGCGACCAGUCCCUGAUCAAGAGUUCGUUCAAGGCAGGCAGAAGCUGCUCGAGGAACUGAAGGCUGAAAUCGCUGAGCUGUCCAACCGCAACAUCAUGCGCAGCGGGGAGGACCCGUCCUGUGAGAGGAUGGACCAGGUAUUGACGCAGUUCUUCAACGGCGGGCUGGUGGGAAGGUUGCACGAGCUACGAAAGACAUCACCAGAUGAGGCAAAGGAGAUCGAGGCUGAGGACGAGCUGCCAGAGGACGCGCAGCGCGACAAGGAGUUGUGGGAGGAACUGCAGAAAAAAAACAACUAUUAUUUCAACACAUCCACGGGGGCUGGGAACCCUGCAGGAAGCCGCUGGCAGCGUGCUUUGAAGGCAAGCGAGAAACUUCGGCGCAAGUACGCCAAGUGCCAUGGCUACCAUGACUCCCAGAAGUUCAGAGCGAGGUGGGCCAAGCGGAUGCACAGGGACUGGAAGUGCAAGUGGACCAGGACCCAUUCGACGACGCUCACAAAGGCGCAGAUGAAGGACGGUGAGUACUGCAGCAUCGGCAGGAUCGCGAAGAAGGAAGGAGGGGGGCUCCACGGGAUGCAGCUGGCGUUCAAAUAUUGCACGAACGCGAUCAUACUUGGAGGGAUGUGGGUAAAAUGGGACGAUAUGACCGAAAGCAUCAAAUUCCUGUAUUUCACGCAUCACAUGUCUGAGACGUUCAAGGAAGCAUAG